AUGCCCUUCUCCCUCCGCCCAAAGACCUCUGAGGUCCCCCCCGACAACACCAACAAAGUCGACGACGACAACCCGGCCACCGUCAUCUCAUCCCACAACUCUUCCGACGACAACAGCGCCGAAAAGAAGAUUGCCAUGCCUACCUCCGGCCGCCCUGCCGGCCCCGGCUUUGGGAAGCUCGGAGAAGAGGAGUAUGAGCUGCGCGAUGUGGACACUUCGGGAUCGCGUGACAACACAUCCGGUGCCCCUCGUGGAGCCGACAACAGCAGUGUGCUCGAGGGCACUGCGACCGAGUAUCGCACCUACAAACGCCGCUGGUUCGGCCUGGCACAGUUGACCCUGCUCAACGUCAUUGUUUCGUGGGAUUGGCUAACAUUCGCCCCCGUUGCCAAAAAUGCCGCCGCCUACUACAACGUCUCCGAGUCCGCCAUUAACUGGAUUUCGACGGCUUUCCUCUUCUCAUUUGUCGUAAUUUUCCCCCUGACGAUUCGCAUCUUGCACUGGGGCCCGAAGCCGUCUUUCAUGACAGCCGCCGCCCUGAUCCUCGUCGGCAACUGGGUUCGCUAUGGCGGCUCCCAUUCGAAGAGUGGCGGUAACUACGGCGUCGUAAUGUUUGGUCAGAUCCUCACCGGUCUCGCUCAGCCCUUCGUUCUGGCCGCCCCUACCCGCUACUCGGAUUUGUGGUUCACCAACCGCGGCCGCGUCGCCGCUACGGCACUUACAUCCCUUGCUAACCCGCUCGGUGGUGCACUGGGCCAGCUCAUCGUUCCCUUCUGGGUCUCCUCCCCGAGCGACAUGUCGGCCGGCGUCCUCUUUGUCUCCAUUAUCUCCACCGUCGCCGCUCUGCCGGCCUUUUUCAUCCCCGCCCGGCCCCCGACCCCCGUCGCCCCGUCAUCACAGACCCUGAAGCUCGGCAUCCGCGAGUCCUUCGGCAUCGUCUCGCGCUCCCUCGAGCUGUGGCUCAUCCUCGUGCCAUAUGCAUUCUAUGUCGGCUUCUUCAACUCCACCUCCACCCUCCUUAACCAGAUGAUGUACCCCUACGGUUUCACCGACGAGGAGGCUGGUAUCGCUGGUGCCCUUUUGAUCGUCGUCGGUCUUGUCGCUUCCGCAAUCACCUCCCCGAUCCUCGACCGCACCAAGGCCUUCCUCCUCGCAAUCAAGGUCGCCGUCCCCAUCAUCGGCAUCUGUUAUCUCAUCUUCAUCUGGAUGCCCGAGACUCGCAACAUCGCCGGUCCCUACGUCGUGCUCGCCAUCCUCGGCGCCUCGUCCUUUUCUCUUGUUCCCGUCGCUCUGGAGCUUCUUAUCGAGCUGAGCCACCCCAUCUCCCCGGAAGUCACGAGCACCAUCGCCUGGGCCGGAGGCCAACUGCUCGGCGCGCUGUUCAUCAUCAUCUCGGACGCCCUGCAGGCCAGCGAUACCGCCAACCCUCCCAAGAACCUGAAGAACGCCCUCAUCUUCCAGGCCGUCGUCGCCCUCGUCGUCGUCCCGCUGCCUCUUCUCCUCGGUCUCUUUGGCAGGAGCGACAGAGUGAGCUUGCGACGUAUUCGCUCCGACGAGCAAGGACCGCGGGCAGCCUAG